AUGUAUGUCACUGCGCUCAACGAGCUGCAGGAGCUGGAAUCGGAGCCCCUCUGCCAUCGUACUGCAGCCCUUCUUCUGGUGAACAACUGUCAACUUCUCGACGGCCGGGACGAUGCAACGAUUUUGACUGACAGUGGACGGGCUGCUCGAGAUUUUGUUGAUUCUUAUGCUGCAAGCUUAGCUAUAUGCGAUUUGGAAAGGGGCAGCUUCGUUAUCCCAUCCUCCUGUUCCAAGUUUCAAGAGUCAGUCUUGGCCCGAAUGUCUCCACCAACCAAGCCGCAGCUACAUGUAACGACAUCCGAGAUUGAUGCGUGUCUCGAGGGCCUGGCACAGUCGGACUCGGCCUGGAAUACGUGGGUGAGCUACCGCCAUAAGACUUUGCGGUUUUGCGAAGCAGCUCGCGCGGAUAAUGAAAAGGAUCAAAAUAUCCGAGUCCACCAAAGGCUGACAAGCAUCCUUGCAAAGCUGACGACUCAGCUCGAAGAGGAGAUGGAGGCGCGGCUUCAAUCGAUGAGCCAUAUGUUCCAGGAAGCUGAGGCUACUAUGGAAAGCCUAAAGCCCCGGAUGAAGGACCUGCAAGACGGCAUCAUUCAGCUGGACGCUCUAUUUGGGGAUCAGAUCAUCCGAAACGUGCAGCAGACAGCGGACUUUGUCACUCACGGACUUGAUGACGCGAGACAGUUACAAACGCUACUAGCUAUGCUAGCUGACAUGGCAAAGAACCAGAAUCGCGAUCUGGCAACUUCUCACGAGUCUGCUUUACAAGAGGUCACUCUAAGAAUAACUACUGAGGUUGAUGUCAUACUAGCAACGCUCGCUGCAGCAGUUGCCUCGUCCACAUCUUUGCACAGAGAUAUUGAGAUCUCUCAGUCCGCGGCUGCAGCUGUUGCGUUAAGACAGGAGAAGAUAGAGACGGGCAUGCAAAAGCUUGAAGGCUUUGCCGAUUCUCUGCUGGUACAGCACCAAAAACAUCAGGAACGGCUUAACAAUGCUCAACAAACAGCUUCGGACCUGAUAAAUAUUCUGGAUUCUGCGUCAACCUCAGCCGUUACUCUUCGCAGCUCCAUAUAUAACAGCUUUGGUUGGGGAUCCUGGUGGCCUUAUGUGUUUUGCCCACUCACGUCUCUGGUCGUCGGCUCGUAUGGACUGCCACCUUCCGCGACGAGAAACCUGGUGCUCAUCAGUCUCGGUGAGUGA